GGCCUAUGCCAUCCUUCUUCCAUUUCGCCUCUCGUGGGCGCGUGAGAGGAGAAAAGGGGGAGUUGGUUUUCUCCUUUUUCAUCCUUCAACAUUUCUCACUACCAAAUCAAAUAGAGGGAUUAGGGUUUGUUAAGCCUGGUACGGAUCCAACCCAUAACGUAGUCACCACUCGAGCCGCCGCUUUUGGUUCGCUUUAUUCUUCGAACUAGCAAACUUUUCUGUAAGAUGGACAGCCUUUGGCAAUUGGGUGAUGAGUUUAGGGGACAGUCUAAGGUCUCAGAGGAUCACCAAUGGUCUGUUAUUACUUCAAAACUGGCAGAGAUGACCAGAUCAAAGGGUGAGCGGAUCAACAACUUUGAUUACCCUAGGAACAUUGUUGAGACCAAACCAUGGGAAAAGCUGGGGUUUCAAGAAGAAGGUAGCUUUGAUAACCUGAGUCUAGGCCUGAUGAAUAUGGAUAUGAAGAUGAAUGAGGCUGCAACAAAGAGUUCAUUUAGAAAUAAUGUGUACAACUUGAACUCCAUGUACCAGAAAAAUAAUGUUAACAAUGUAAACAACUUUAAGAUGAAUGCUGGGAUCAACAAGUAUGCUAAUAGCAUUACAAUCAAGGAUGCAAACCAUAAUAGUAAUGGAAUCAAUGUCAACAACAACAAUAACAACAUAAAUGGAAACAAUAGUAGCAACAACAACAAUGUUGUUGACAAGCGUUUUAAGACUUUGCCUUCAACCGAGAUGCUACCGAGGAAUGAGAUUCUCGGAGGUUAUAUUUUUGUUUGCAACAAUGAUACCAUGCAGGAAGAUCUUAAGAGGCAGCUCUUUGGUAUGAAAAUCUUUUAUUGCCCUCAUAUUACUGUUUUUUUUUCUUUUCGUUUUAAACACUAAACGGAUGUCCAUUCC